UAUUUCCGCUCGUUGCAUCAGGGGUUAUGAGUAGUGCCAACACCGGCAUGGAGAGAACUGUCUGUUCCCGGUGAAAGUCACCGUUUAAAGUACGUAAAUUUUACAAAGAGACCAAACAAUAACUUUAGGAAUAUAAUGAGGCCGCAAGACAAAUAUUUCUCUGAGAUUGGUGGAGUGGGAAGGCUAAUGUGGCUAAAGCUGAGGGAGUGGACUGUUACAGAAGAGAAAACCACCACUACAGUAUUUUAUGGAAGACUGCACAGCUUUAAUUGAGUUUAGACUUUUGUAACCUUAAGAAGGGCUAACGACCCCUGGGAACAUGCUGGCCCGCCUGUUCAGGCUCCAUGGCCUGCUGGUGGCUUCCCACCCAUGGGAGGUGAUAGUGGGGACCCUGGCUGUGACCGUGUGCCUCUUCUCCAUGAACAGCAGCUUCACAGCCAGCAGCCAAGUGUGCAGCUGGAGCGAGUGCCCCAAAGCGCAGGAGAACGUCCACAGCAAUGACUUUAUCAUCCUGACCAUCACUCGCUGCAUGGCCAUUGUUUACAUCUAUUUCCAGUUCAAGAAUCUGUUGCAGCUGGGAUCCAAAUAUAUUCUGGGUAUUGCAGGGUUAUUCACAGUAUUUUCCAGCUUUGUUUUCAGCACAGUGGUCAUCCAUUUCUUUGGAAAAGAGCUCACAGGCCUCAAUGAAGCUUUGCCGUUCUUUCUCCUGCUCAUCGACCUGUCCAAAGCCUGCACGCUUGCCAAGUUCGCCCUCAGUUCCAGCUCUCAGGAGGAGGUGAGGGAGAACAUCUCGCAGGGAAUGGCCAUCCUGGGCCCCACCUUCACCCUGGACGCUCUGGUGGAGUGUCUGGUGAUCGGAAUCGGCACCAUGUCAGGCGUUCCUCAGCUGGAGAUCAUGUGCUGCUUCGGCUGCAUGUCUGUUCUGGCCAAUUACUUUGUGUUCGUGACGUUCUUCCCGGCGUGCGUCUCUCUGGUGCUGGAGCUGUCAAGGGAGAGCAGAGAGGGCCGUCCCAUAUGGCAGAUGAGCCACCUGGCUCACGUCCUGGCAGAAGAGGAGGACAACAAACCCAACCCCGUCACCCAGAGGGUCAAAAUCAUCAUGUCUCUGGGCCUGGCCUUGGUUCACGCCCACACCCGCCUCACAGCCGAGUCUCUGGGGAAAAACCGCACAGCUGCCGUGGAAAGACCCGACGCGACUGGAUCCCUGUGGCCUCAGAAGCUCUCCAGCGUGGAGCUAGAACACGUGAUAACGCUCGGCCUCGCCCUGCUUCUCGCCGUCAAGUACGUCCUCUUCGAGCAGGCGGAGACAGAGUCCUCUCUGUCUCUCAGGAGUCCCAUUAGCAGCUCCCCCCCAGCCCUGAAGCCCCCGGUGGCCGAGGACUGCUGCAGGAGGGACCUCCCAGCUCCGCCGACCCGGAGGAGCUCCAGCGGUGUCCUAGCAACCAGCUCCUCUUCCUCGGAGCUGAGCGCGUCCCCAGGCGAAGACUCCAUGGAGCCAGAGCAGAGGGAGCCGGCGUCUCCCGAACCUCCGGGCUGCAGGUCGGAGCUGCGACCGCUGGACGAGUGCGCGGCCGUCCUCGCCGAUCCUCAGAGAGGGCCUCGGAUGGUGACCGACGUGGAGGUAAUGCAGCUCGUCACCGCGGGUAAAAUCCAGAGCUACAAGCUGGAGACGGUCCUGCAGUCUCCGGAGAGGGGCGUGGCCAUCAGGAGGGAGCUGCUGUCGCCUAAGCUGCCUGCAGCGUCUGCGCUGGAACAGCUGCCCUUCAAGGAUUACGACUACUCCAAGGUGAUGGGCGCCUGCUGUGAAAACGUCAUCGGGUACAUGCCGGUGCCUGUGGGGGUGGCUGGGCCCCUCCUCUUAGAUGGCCGCCAGUUUUACGUUCCCCUGGCAACCACAGAGGGCUGUCUGGUGGCCAGCACCAACAGAGGAUGCAGAGCGCUGUCGCUGAGCGGGGGCUGCAGCAGCAGGAUCCUGGCCGACCGCAUGACCCGCGGCCCCGUGGUCAGGCUGCCGUCGGCCUGCCGGGCCGCAGAGGUCAAAGUCUGGCUGGAGACCGCGGACGGCUUCAGUCUGAUCAAAGAGGCGUUCGACGAGACCAGCAGGUUCGCUCGUCUGGAGAAGCUGCUGGUCUGCAUCGCUGGGAGGAGCCUCUACAUCCGCUUCCAGUCCCAGACGGGAGACGCCAUGGGCAUGAACAUGCUGUCUAAGGGCACGGAGCAGGCGCUGCACCGACUCCAGCAGCACUUUCCGGACGUGGAGCUGCUGGCGCUCAGCGGCAACUACUGCACCGACAAGAAGCCCGCCGCCAUCAACUGGAUCCUGGGCAGGGGCAAGUCCGCCGUCUGCGAGGCCACCAUUCCCGGCCAGGUGGUCCGAGAGGUGCUGAAGAGCAGCGCGGGCGCUCUGGUGGAACUGAACAUCAGCAAGAACCUGGUGGGCUCCGCCAUGGCUGGAAGUGUGGGAGGCUUCAACGCUCAUGCUGCCAACAUUGUGGCCGCCAUCUUCAUCGCCUGUGGACAGGACCCGGCACAGGCGGUCAGCAGCAGCAGCUGCAUCACCCAGAUGGAGCCGUCCGGUCCGGACGGACAGGACCUGUACAUCAGCUGCACCAUGCCCUCCAUAGAGCUGGGCACGGUGGGCGGGGGCACCAACCUGCCGCCACAGCAGGCCUGUCUGCAGAUGCUCGGGGUCAGCGGCCCCAACGAGCCGGGCGAGAACGCCCGCCAGCUGGCCCGGGUGGUCUGCGGUGCCGUCCUGGCGGGGGAGCUCUCCCUGAUGGCGGCUUUGGCCGCCGGUCACCUCGUCAAAAGUCACAUGACCCACAACAGAUCCAAAACAAACCUGGCAGCGGCCUUUGGGAAGUCGGAUCAGACGCCGUGACGUAGGGGCCACCGUGGAAAUGCGUCAUUUCCUCUUUUUUUACUUGAACUGAAUCGCCAUGGAAACGAGCCGAACCGAAGCUCCUUUCAUCUCCUGAGGAAAACAUUUCUCUGCACGGAUCAACACUUUUGACCUUAAUUUAUUUAGAAAAAGCCGGCUCCAGUGUUUGUGGCGUUGGCCCCUCCCCCUCUGAGGGCGCCGCUGUAUACUGUGUAUACUGACUUAGAGGUUAAGUUAUGAUGAAGACGGCGUUUUGUGGACGUUGUCUUAAGUGUCCUUAAAGCAUGACUAAGCACAAAACCCUGCCAAUAAAAGGAUCUUCAGCUGA